CUUGCUCAGCCUUGUUGUGAAUCAAAAUUUCUUUCAAUUCAAUAAUAAAAUUUUCAAACAAGUCUCUGGAUUGGCUAUGGGUUCAUGCCUUUCCCCACUGUUAAGUGAAAUUUUUAUGAGCAACCUAGAAGAAAGGAUUGUUAAGGGUAGGUUUGGGGAGUUUCUCAUUGAAUAUAAGAGGUACGUUGACGAUAUUUUUAUUGUCUGGAAUGGCCAGAAAGAAGAUUUGACAAAUUUUCUUCGUUUUGUGAAUUCUUUGCACCCAAAGAUUUCUUUUACCAUUGAGGAAGAACAAAAUGGUAAACUGCCAUUCCUAGACCUCCUUAUAGAAAGACUCAAUAAUAAACUAAUAUUUGAAAUAUAUCGUAAACCCACAACUACUGAUAAUGUCAUUCAAUAUGCGUCUAUUUCUCCCUAUCCAUACAAAUUUGCCUCCUUCAAUUCUUUCUUUUACAGACUUUUUAACAUCGCCCUGUCAAAGGAAGCGUUUGCUAAAGAGCUUAAUAUUAUAAAACAUAUUGCUUUUAAUAAUGGAUUUCCACUUUACUUAAUUAACAAAUUAUACUUUAAGUUCUUAAAUAAAUAUAGGUUGACUUACAACCUUCUUCAUGCGAAAGACGACAAAAAGUCCUUUAGAUCUUUAUCCUUUUUCGGGGUUUACUCUUUGAAAUGUGGGGAUUGUGACGCUGUAUAUAUUGGCCAAUCUGGAAGAAAAAUUUCUACACGCGUUAAAGAACAUGUAGCGUUGUUUGAGAAAUUUAAAAAUACAGACGUCCGUGAUACAAAGUCAGCGUUUGCGAAUCACCUGUUAGCUUCCACACAUCACUUUUCUCCAGAGGUCGGAGCUGAAAUACUUCAUGAAUGCCCUAAAGGGAAAAAGCUUGACCUUCUGGAGAGGAUGGAAAUUACUAAAGCCAAGAAGAGUCCUGUUCUUGUCUGUGUUAACGACGUAUUUAAUUUUGAACCCAACCUUAUUUUUAAUAAUCUUAUUUAAUCAAUUUUAUAUUUACAUAAUCUCUUCCAACUGAAAUAAGUUUAAUAUUGUGUUA